CACACUCACACACGAAUACAGACAUUACUCGAACAGUUCGUCACGAUAAGUGCACGAUCUAGUAAUGGUGACACAACACAACUUGCAAGUUCUCUGUAAAUGCCCCUUUUGCGAAGGGUUAGGCGAAAAAGGGAGUUCCGAACGAAAAGAGCACGGUUACGGUACUGAGGAAGCCAUAGGCAGCGGGCAGCUUCAGUAAAGCAGCUACGGGGGACGCCUGCGCACUGCAGCCCUGCCAGCCUCCUGUCUCAGGGUGUCGAUACUGAAGCUGGAACACGAGAGCAAAUAUAUUAAUUUGUACAUAUAUAAUAACCAUCAUAAUAAUAAAGAAACGGAUGUGCUUCAGAAAACGAAACGGCUACAGCCCUCCUGAUCAUUUUAAUGCAAAAAUUGUGAUACUGGCUGGUUUGAAUGAAGAUACAGAUGGCAUCUCCAGACUAUAUAAACACUUUCUAGAAAUUUACCCUUUGAUGAUCUUAGGACAAGAUGGAAAAUGAUGGGAAAGGGAACUUUCAAUAUACAGGCCCUGUACCGGCAGAGAGACAGCCUCCGAUGUCGCAGAAUGAGACUUCCCCAAGCAGAGCACAACAGGCUGGCAACCACCGACCAAAUACAUGCUGCUUCUGCUGGUGUUGCUGCUGCAGCUGUUCAUGUCUCACUGUUAGGAAUGAAGAUGAGAACCGAACACGAAGGAAGUCAAAGUCGCAGGACACCAAACUGGAGACCAUACCAAACUGUGAAGCAUGCACCAAACCAACAACAGAGGAAGUGCGGCUAUGGGCACAAUCUUUUGACAAGUUAAUGAAGAAUCCUGCUGGAAGAAAUGUCUUCAGGGAAUUCUUAAGAACUGAGUACAGUGAGGAAAAUAUGCUGUUUUGGUUGGCAUGUGAAGACCUCAAAAAAGAAAUUAGCAAAUCUGUUAUUGAAGAGAAAGCAAGAAUGAUCUAUGAGGACUAUAUAUCUAUACUUUCACCUAAAGAGGUUAGUCUUGACUCCAGGGUACGUGAAGUAAUUAACAGGAAAAUGCAGGAUCCAACGCCUCACGCAUUUGAGGAUGCGCAGCUUCAAAUCUACACCCUAAUGCACAGAGACUCUUAUCCCAGGUUCCUGAACUCUAUGAUAUACAAAUCACUGAUUCAGAGCACCUCACGCUCAUCUUCAGAAUCAUAGGCCAAUUCAGUUCAACUGCACAACCACUGAAAGCAAAUCCAGAUGUUUUGGAUUAUUUUUGUUAAGCCCUUUUUAACUCACUAUGUCUGUUCUACAGACAUAACUGGAAGGUACAGGGUCAUCGUCAAAUGACAUUUAUUUUCUUCUUUUUUCACUUUUACGAGGCCAUUUACUAUGAAGACUACUACUACUGAUUUCAUGUUGCCAAAUGUAUAAUAGGAAGAGGGAAGGAGACUGCAAUAAUACACUGUGUGAACCAGCUUUGUGAGAAGACUGUCCUUGUGAAAAAAGAUACUUAUAAUUUCUGUCAAAAUACAAAAAAAUAAAAUAUUCAUUAUUUGUGUAAAGUGGGAGACACCAACGCCAAAUAGGGUUUUAAAAAUAUUAUACUGUUUUUACAGUAAAUUCUAGAGUACAGGAUUUAAAUGGUGUUUAAGCACCAGGGUAGGAGAAACACCUGAGGCAUUUGUGUCCUUGUGCACAUAAAACAUCAGUUUAAAGCCACCCAAAUGGGCACCAGUCGUGGCAUGUACUGGAAUCCAGCUUUUUAAAUUUUAUAUUACCCACCACAUCAAUAUAAUAAAAAAGUCAGAGUUCAGUAUACUCCUAACUACUUUAUCAUACUUAUCAAAGUCAGUGGUUUAAACAACUGGAUUUUUUUGAGUCUUUUUAUUGACUUCUGCUAACAGUAUGAUCUGCGCUCCCACUAAGUGAAUUACACAUUUUCCAAUAAAGUAAUUCAAAUAAAGGCUUGUGCUGUAUUUUAUAACCUCCUCUGAGCCUUCUUUCAUCUGUAGUACAAACUAAGGUGGAGGGCUUCUAGGUGCCAAACCUGUAGUUUAUAGAUCUUGUUGAGGACAAAAACAUUCUUCAGGAUUACUUAAUCCUGUGACUGAAAGAAAGCCAGUGAUUGUCUGUACGGUAAUCUCAUGCUCCGGAAAUGCAGAGAAAAUGUAUUCUGCCCAUUACUCUUGAUGUACUAACAUUAACUGGUAUACAUUUAAGCAGUUCAGUGAGUUUUGCUUCUAAUGAAAGGUACAGAUCCUUUUGCUUCCUUGCUGCAAGGAUUUAAUUGAUAACUUCACAGAAACCUUUGGAUAGUCACUCUUUCACUUCUUAGAGAGAGAGACACUGGCUGUCAAAUCACUGUCUGAGAAUCACGUAUUUUAGGGCUUUAAUAGCAACCAUAUCCAAAUGAAGAAGCAAACAUAAAAUCUGUUUUGACUUGCAUAAUGGAGCAGAAUAAAAACUGUAAUAAAUUAAUCAAUCAAUUAGUCAGAAAACCUCGGAGACUAACUUACUGUAUCUAGCAUUUCCGGAACUUGAUGGAUACCUUACUUAUUUGUAACUUUUUUUGUGUAUUUUUGCAAGUGUUUGACCCCAGCAUAUGUAAAUAUUGCUGAGGUUUUAUGGUAUUUUUAUUUAUAAAAUGCAGAUGUGCAUUUUAGUAAUACUGUUUAUCAUUUUAUUUAUAAUCAGCAAUUUACUAUUUGUUUUUAAA